CCACGUAACGUUAAUCCCAUCUCUAUUUCACUCGUAUUUAUUUAGUCUUGUCUCUUUUCACAAUCUGUCAAAAACCACCCUAGUUCACGUGAUUAAAAUUGAGAAAAUAUUUUUCGUAUUUAAAAUAGUUUUUCUUUAAUUUUUAAACCGAAUAAAUAGUGAAAAAUGAGGGCCAUACUAGGUUAUACCUUUCUAGGAUCUGCCACCUCAAUAAUAACCGUUCUAAGUUUAUAUCAUGUUUUGACUGGAAGGGGAGAGAGGAUAAGUUUGGGAUGGUUCCUUGAAAGUACUUCACCCCAUAUGUGGGCCACCAUUGGAAUUGGUCUGUCGGUCGCCUUAUCUGUUGUUGGGGCUGCUGUUGGUAUACACACAACAGGUGUUAGUAUUGUUGGUGGAGGUGUAAAAGCGCCAAGAAUUAAAACUAAGAAUCUCAUUUCCGUAAUUUUCUGUGAAGCUGUUGCUAUCUAUGGCCUAAUUACUGCUAUAGUUCUCUCAGGUUACCUAGAAGAUUUCACAUGGGACCUUGUAGUGAAGGACCCAGCUCUCAAAGGUAAAAACUGGAUGGCUGGAUAUCUCAUGUUUGGCGCUGGGAUUGCUGUAGGUUUGGUAAACCUUUUCUGUGGUAUUUGUGUUGGUAUUGUGGGUUCUGGAGCUGCCCUAGCUGAUGCUGCCAAUUCUGCAUUGUUCGUCAAAAUUCUUAUUGUUGAGAUUUUUGGUAGUGCUAUUGGAUUGUUUGGCUUAAUCGUUGGCAUUUACAUUGUUUCAAAGGUUCAGAUGGGCGAUAAGAUUCAUUAAAUUGGUAAAGCUUAAGUAGUCGCGAAAAUUCCACAAAUUUUAGGUUUAUUAAUUAAUUACUUAAGAUAGAAUGUAUUGUGUAUUUAAAUUUUGUGUUUUUAUCCUUAGCUAAAAAAAUACCAUUUAUUGAUUGUGUCUUAUGUAAUGUAUAUAUUGUUAUACCUCAAAAAGUAUUUUCACCAAUCAAUUCUCAAUUCCACUUUUAGUAAUAUUGAUAUUAUUAGCAAAAGUAAUUUAAAUUAUUGACAAAAAUUAAUUGUGUAAGUAAUAGGAAGGUUAAUGAUUUUUUGUUAAAAU